GGAUUUGAACCAGAGACUACAGUUAUGCACUGAGAUGCAGAUGCCUUAGACCACUGCACCACUCAGGAGCUGCUGUGGCUUGCUCCACUCAUGACCUUAGAAACUUUUCAAUCUGUAAUUUUAGAGGAGCAUAAUUUACAUUUCAAACACAUUGAUGUCUUUUCAUUUUCUGCUCUAAGUAGGCUGUACCACAUUUGAUUGACAGAAGACAACGCAUCAUUUUCUGUGGUGGUGGUGGUUUUGUACUUGAGUAAAUCAGUCAUCGCUCCUUUAAUGCCGUGACGUCAGAUACGGGAAUCACAUGUCCACACACUUCGGGAAGAUUUGUGUUGAUACGGCGGCUGGGCUUGGAAAAUAUUGGGAAAUGGCUACCCUUGAACUCUUAUGGACAGAAUCCGUAAACAUGUGGACUAAUGUGCAUGUGACACAGUAGAGAAGUGCAUAGAGUAUUUAUAGGAACCGGCUUUUGUAACGCUAUCAGCUUGCUCAAGCAUGCAUGGAAAUCUAUGGGAAUUCAUUGUUGGCGUAGAUUCACCCAUUAACAGGAAGUAGGAAUAGCCAAGCGACUGAAGCUGUUUUGAUCAGUGUGCUUUUUAAACAUUUGUUUAUUUUUUAAAUUAUUACACUUUAAACAAAACAAACCAGUGUUUUUAUAAUCAAAGUGUGAAAAAUAUCGAUGGAAUAUUGUAACUAAAAAUUCAAAGUCACUGGAGCUCGAACCGGUGUGAGAAGCUGUUUUUGAAAGUCCCAUGUAUAGACUUUCAGUUUGCUUUUGUGCUGUUUUUAUAUAUUUUUGUAGUCCUAUUUUUUUAACAGACCAUAUCAAUUGGAUGUAUACAAGACGAACGAACUAACUUUUGAUGCCAUGUCUGAGAGAAAAGUGUAAGCGGUUUUAAACAGGUUUUUCGAAGGUCGAAGACCUCCACCCAAGAUGAGGUCUUCUUUGGCUCCCGGUAUCAGACUGAUCACGUCCUUCUCAAGAGACAGCUGGUACAGAGGUUUCACCCUCUUCCUCACCUUUCUCUUCUAUACCAGCUACCAUCUCUCCCGGAAACCCAUCAGCAUCGUCAAGAGUGAGCUGCACAAAAAUUGUUCCACCCUCAUUCGGCCACCAAACCUCAACGGCACUGACAAUGAAACCUGGUGUGACUGGGCGCCAUUUGACCAGGACAACUACCAGACGCUGUUUGGAGCCGUGGACAACUCUUUCCUCGUUGCUUAUGCCAUUGGCAUGUUUUUCAGUGGGAUAUUUGGUGAGCGCGUGCCCUUGCGCUACUACCUGACCACCGGGAUGCUUCUCAGUGGUCUCUUCACAUGUCUGUUUGGCCUGGGCUUCUACUGGAAUAUCCACUCUAUCUGGUACUACGCCUUCGUCCAGGCAAUGAAUGGACUAGUGCAGACAACGGGCUGGCCUGCAGUGGUGGCCUGCGUUGGGAACUGGUUUGGAAAGGGGAAGCGAGGGUUCAUCAUGGGCGUGUGGAACUCUCACACCUCGGUAGGCAAUAUCCUGGGUUCGCUCAUCGCCGGCAUCUUUGUAUCCUCGGCCUGGGGCAUGUCCUUCAUCGUGCCCGGCAUCAUUAUCGCAUCCACGGGCAUUCUCUGCUUCUUCUUCCUGGUGGAGAAACCAGAAGAUGUCGGCUGCAGCCCUCCACAGCACCAUGAGGACAACGAGAAGGAGCCUCUCUUACAAAACUCAUCUAGUAGCGAGGAGAUCUUCAGCAGUCCUGGCCUGUCCAACUCUAUCUCCUCCGAGUCGACAGAGGAGCACACCGAGGCCAUCAGCUUCUGUGGGGCCCUCAGGAUACCUGGUGUAAUGGAGUUCUCCCUCUGUCUGCUGUUCGCUAAGCUUGUUAGCUACACCUUUCUCUACUGGCUUCCUCUCUACAUCUCUAAUGUUGCCCAUUUUGACCCCAAGGAAGCUGGGGACAUGUCAACACUAUUUGAUGUAGGAGGAAUUGUGGGGGGCGUUGUGGCUGGACUGGUGUCGGACCAAACUGGGGGCAGAGCCUCAACCUGCUGUGUCAUGUUAAUAGUGGCUGCUCCUAUGCUGUUCCUGUACAACCACAUUGGACAGCAUAGCCUAGCAACCACAAUCGGGAUGCUGUUGGUGUGUGGAGCCCUGGUGAACGGACCCUACGCCCUCAUCACCACCGCUGUGUCUGCUGACCUGGGGACACAUGAGAGCCUGAGUGGAAACUCUAGAGCGUUGUCAACGGUCACGGCCAUAAUUGACGGCACAGGGUCAAUAGGUGCUGCCCUAGGUCCUCUGUUAGCAGGAGUGAUCUCUCCGACGGGGUGGAACAAUGUCUUCUUCAUGCUGAUCACUGCUGAUAUCCUCGCCUGUUUGCUGCUGUCCAGGCUGGUGUAUAAGGAGGUGAGGGGCUGGUGUGGACACAGCCCCAGACAAAGAGGGUUCAAAGAAAUAUGAGUGGGUGCCUGGGACAAGAGACCGUAUCACACAUGCAAGGAAGGACGCGGGAAAAAGGACCAAGAAAUAACCCCUGAGGUGCAUCAAGAUUUAUAGGGUGCCGAUCCUUUCAUCCUUCAUCCUUAAUGGCCCCAGACCCCGUCAUCAGCGGAUGAAAGGAUCUGAAAAAGGAGGAAGGGGCCAUUGAUAUUUUGGGACCAUCUGACGGAGAGAGAGAACAUGUCCUUUCUUCAAAUGGUCGCAAAGCACUUUCUCUCUUAUGCCUUUUUUAUGAUUAUUUUGUAUGUUUAUUUUUUUUCUCUGUUUGCCCCUCUCGGGGCUGUGUGCAUCUUUCAUCUUAUUAUUAAAAUAAUGUGCAUACUGCAUUUCCCCAAUCUCUCCUCAAUGGUUACUAUAAGUUAAAAUCACAUGCUAGUAUUGGGCAAGCUAAAUUGGGCACACAUGUUUUGCACAGCCUGGAGAACGCCAAACUACAUAAGCAGCGAAGGAGGAGUUUGCAGUUGUAAUCAAGUGCUGUGGCGGAAAAUGUUGUCACUAACUAAACCAGUGCAGAUAAGGAUAAAUUGUCUGACCAAUCAAAAAAUCAAGAAUAUUUCUCAGACAGUACCAUCACAUCCUUCCAUUUGUUUCUGAUGGAAAUGUUUGUUGAUCAAUGAUUAGACAUUUGUUUGUAUCCACCACAUGCAUUUGGUUGUUGUUUUGUUUUUGACUCCACCUCUCAUAGUGGGCCUCACACAUGUUGAGCGGGGUGUGGUGAUACUGAUGGUUUCGACGGUUGUGGCCAGCUACGGACAGAAGUGACUUUACAUUGCAGGUUAGGAGAACUAACGCAGCAGGUUAGGAGUAUUAACAUAGGAGAAUGAGGUUAAGGUUAAGAAUGAGGUUAAUAACUUGAUGGAGCUGUACCAUCUAGCCACAACCGUAGAAACCAUCAGACUUGGCAAACCAUUAGGGAAAGGGAAAUACCUAGUUGUACAACUGAAUGCCUUCAACUGAAAUGUGUCUUCUGCAUUUAACCCAACCCCUUUUUAAUCAGAGAGGUGCAUGGGGCUGCCUUAAUUGACAUCCAAGUCUUCAGCGCCUGGGGAACAGUGGGUUAACUGCCUUGCUCAGGGGCAGAACAACAGAUUUUUUACCUUGUCUGCUUGGGAAUUCGAUCACAGCAACCUUUGGGUUACUAGCCCAAUGCUCCACCCACAAGGCUACCUGCCGCCCAUUAGUAUAAUAACGGGGAUUUGACUUUUGUCGCCGGGCUCCCAAAUUGCAAGUUGAGUGCUACAGAUGUAAGCUCUUAAUCUGAUCACCCUGUUAUAGUAGAACUGUGGGCCAUGCAGAACAAGCUCACUCAAUGUUUUCAUGUGAUUUUGAUUUGUAAACAUUUCAAUGGCACAUGACAACUAUGCCCUCUGACCAACAACAGGCAGGUGACCUGUGUCCACUUGACACAUUUAUAUAUAUAUAUAUUUUUUUCAAUGAAUUGGUCUUCCAUUCCUUUUGAUCUACAUUCCACACAUUGGUCCCAUCCUCGCUAGUGGCCCAUGUUAUUAAGGUGAUCAUUUUACUUUGGGGACCCUCUGCUUUGUUGUAAUGAGAGGCGUUGCUAUAGGUGGCAGAAAAUAGAUUUUGAAUUGAGGGAGAGGUAUGCAGUUACCGGUAGUUGUAAUGCAGGCAGGCAGGCAAUGUGAAUAGUUUGGGUAGCCAUUUGACUAGAUGUUCAGGAGUCUUAUGGCUUGGGGGUAGAAUCUGCUUAGAAGCCUCUUGGACCUAGACUUGGUGCUCCGGUACCGCUUGCCACAUGGGAGCAGAGAGAUCAGUCUAUGACUAGGGUUGCUGGGUCUUUUCAAUUUUCAGGUCCUUCCUCUGACACCGCCUGGGAUAGAGGUCCUGGAUGGCAGGAAUCUUGGCUCCAGUGAUGUACUGGGCGAUUUGCACUACCCUCUGUAGUGCCUUGCGGUCGGUGGCCGAGCAGUUGCCAUACCAGACAGUGAUGCAACCAGUCUGGAUGCUCUCGAUGGUUGAGCUGUAGAACCUUUUGAGGAUCUGAGGACCCAUUCUAAACCUUUUCAGUCUCCUGAGGGGGAAUAGGUUUUGUCGUUCUCGCUUCACGAUUGUCAUGGUGUGCUUGGACCAUGUUAGUUUGUUGGUGAUGUGGACACCAAGGAACUUGAAGCUCUCAACCUGCUCCACUGCAGCUCCGUCGAUGAGAAUGGGGGCAUGCUCGGUCCUCGAUUCGAUCGCCGCCUACUCCUCAGAAGGCAGCCCGCCCUCCGGCCUCUCUUUCUCUGCCUCCUCUUCACGCAGAUCAUUUGGGUCGGGCCUGUUCCCGAGGGAGUCUUAUAUCCUCCGCCUCGGGCUUGUCAGAGUCGUGAAAGAAGAAAAGGGAUUCUGCUAGUCCAUGGUGAGUAAUCGCAGUCCUGAUGUCUAUAAUUUAUUUUCGGUCAUAAGAGAGAGCAACAUUAUGUACAAAAAUAGUAGGGGGUCCAUGAAGAUAAAUGUUAGGACUUGCGUCAGCUCUUAAAGUAUGUUUGUGGAAGAAGUUUAAAUCGAUUUACUUAAGUGAAGUUGUGAAAUAUAGUCAGUUCAAAAUGUAAAAAUAUCUAGUCUGAUUACUUUGACUAUAUUAACCUUAUUACUUUGGACUAUGGGGAAGUUAGAACACAUAUUUAAUCAGAAAUAAAUACACUUUCACUCAUGAGAAAUUAGAAAACGUUUGAGUAUCAUUUGGGAAGAGAAAUCUGAUGGUGCAUCGGGUGGAAAAAUUUAGAAUUUCGUUAGUGUUAAAAACAAAUUUGUUAGUUGACUUUAAAAAGUUUUACUUGAGUGAAGUAGCAAAAUAUAGUAAACAUUUAAGGUUGAGUAAGUAAACAAACAAAAAAAUCCACAAAUAUACCCACAUUUCUAUAAAACGUAAACAGUUUGAUUAGUGAAUGCCAUAGUGUAGUUAUUUUGUAAGAUACUUCUCAUUAGAAGCUGAAAUAAUAUUUUUUCCAAGCCAUUUUAGCUGUUGCUCUAGUUUGGUCUGAACAGAUUCACAAAUCAUUGGAAAUUGUCACGCUAUGCAGGCGUUGUCUCCCUCCGAGGCACGUAUUGCUAGGCCACCCCCCUGCACUUGCCUAGGCAGGCCUGCUCUCGCCGUGGUUAAAGCUAGUGUGAGCUUUCUCUGCAGAUCCUCUCCGGCUCUGUCAGGUUGGAUGGGGAGUGUCGCUGCACAGCUAUUUUCAGGUCUCUCCAGGGAUGUUCGAUCGUGUUCAAGUCCGGGUUCUGGCAGACCCACUCAAGGACAUUCAGGGAGUUGUCCCGAAGCCACUCCUGCGUGGUCUUGGCUAUGUGCUUAGGGUCGUUGUGCUUUUGGAAGUUGAACCUCCACCCCAGUCAGGUCUGAAGCAGGUUUUCUUAAAGGAUCUCACUUUACUUUGCUCCGUUCAUCUUUCCCUCGAUCCUGACUAGUCUCCCAGUCCCUGCCGCUGAAGAACAUCCCCAUAAUGCUGCCACCACCAUGCUUCACUGUAGGGGUGGUAUUGGCCAGGUGAUAAGCGGUGACAGGUUUUCUCCAGAAGUGAGGCUUGGCAUUCAUACCAACGAGUUCAAUCUUGGUUUCAUUAGACCAGAGAAUUUUGUUUCUCAUGGUCUGAGUCCUUUAGCUGCCUUUUGGCAAACUCCAAACGGGCUGUUAUGUGCCUUUUACUGAGGAGUGGCUUCCAUCUGGCCUGAUUGGUAGAAUGCUGUCCUUCUGGGAGGUUCUCCCAUCUCCACAGAGGAGCUCUCUGAGUGACCAUUGGGUUCUUUGUCACCUUCCUGACCAAGGCCUUUCUCCCCCAAUUGCUCAGUUUGGCUGGGCGGCCAGCUCUAGGAAGAGUCUUGGUGGUUCCAAAAUUCUUCCAUUUAAGAACGAGGGAGGCUACUGUGUUCUUGUGGACCUUCAAUGCUGCAGAUUUUUUGGGGAUCCCUUUCACCAGAUCUGUGCCUCGGCACAAUCCUGUCUCUGUGCUCUACGGACAAUUCCUUUGACCUCAUGGCUUGGUUUUUGCUCUGACAUGCACUGUCAACUGUGGGACCUUAUAUAGGCUGGUGUGUGCCUUUCCAAAUCAUGUCCACACAACUUAAUUUUACACAGGUGGACUCCAAGUUGUAGAAACAUCUCAAAUAUGUUGAAUGGAAACAGGAUGCACCUGAGCUCAAUUUCGAGUCUCAUAGCAAAGUGUCUGAAUACUUAUGUAAAUAAGGAAUUUCUGUUUUUUAUUUGUAAUACAUUUGCAAACAUUUCUUAACCUGUUUUCACUUUGUCAUUAUGGGAUAUUGUGUGUAGAUUGAUAUAGAACAUGUUUUAUUUAAUCCAUUUUAGAAUAAGGCUGUAACGUAACAAUGUGGAAAAAGUGAAGGGGUCUGAAUACUUUCCGAAUGCACUGUACACUCAGUUUUAGGUACACAUCUUUACUGAACAAAAAUAUGAAUGCACAUUUUAAAGAGCUGAAAUAAAAGAUCGCAGAAAAUGUACAUACAUAUUUCUCUCAAAUUUUGUGCACAAAUAGGUUUACAUCCCUGUUAGUGAGCAUUUCUAAAAGAUAAUCCAUCCACCUGACAGGUGUGGCAUAUCAAGAAGCCGAUUGAACAGCAUGAUCAUUACACAGGUGCACCUUGUGCUGGGGAUAAUAAAAAUCCACUCUAACAUGUGCAGUAUUGUCACACAACACAAUGCCACAGUCUCAAGUUUUGAGGGAGCGUGCAAUUGGCAUGCUGACUGCAGGAAUGUCAACCAGAGCUCUUGCCAGAUAAUUUCAUGUUUUAAUGCACAGAGAUACCGUGACGAGAUCCUGAGGCCAAUUGUUGUGCCAUUCAUUCGCCCCCAUCCCCUCAUGUUUCAACAUGAUAAUGUUCAACCCCAUGUCGCAAAGAUCUGUAAACAAUUUGGGCAAGUUGAAACUGUCCCAGUUCUUCCAUGCCCUGCAUACUCACCAGACAUGUCACCCAUUGAGCAUGUUUUAGAAGCUCUGGAUCGACAUGUACGACUGCGUGUUCCAGUUCCCGACAAUAUCCAGCAACUUCGCACAGCCGCUGAACUGGAGUGGAACAACAUUCCACAGGCCACAAUCAACAGCCUGACCAACUUUAUGUGAAGGAGAUAUAUGAGGCAAAUGGUGGUCACACCAGAUACUGACUGGUUUUCUGAUCCACACCCCUACUUUUUUCCCCCUGUCUGCUACCUACAGAUGUGUACCUCUAUUCUCAGUCAUGGGAAAUCCAUAGAUUAGGACCUAAGGAUUUUUUUUCAAUUGACUGAUUUCCUUAUGAACUGUAAACCCUGUAAAUUGUUGCAUUUGACAUUUUUGUUCAGUGUAAUUUGUGCACGAAUGUUCAGAGAAAUAUGCUUUUUUGCGUAUGGAAAAUUUCUGGGAUCUUUUAUUUCAGCUCAAGAAACAUGGGACCAACACUUUUAAAUGUUCUUUGUUUUUGUUCAGUGUAUAUUCAAAGUAGAUGUGUUUUUUUACAUGAUUUACAUUUGUGGGUCAGUUAGUAGAGGAUGGCGCUUGCAACGCCAGGGCUGAGGGUUUGAUUCCCAUGGGGAACCAGUACGAAAAUGUAUGCACUACUGUAAGUCACCCUGGAUAAGACAGUCUCCAAAAAUGACUAAAAUGUAAACAAAUAAAUAUGUGCAUUUAAUGUAUGAACAUCAGAUGAAUAUGAGUUUGAGUAUUUCAUUAAAAGGGCAUGUUUUGCUUCACGUAAAAUUCA